CUUCCUACCAGCAGGAGGCAGCAGCUACACCGUCGCGCUGAGCUGCGUCAACUUUGACGCCGGAAGCGGAAAUAACUUCCUUUUCUACUUUGAUCCAGCAUAGAGACACCCUGAGACGAUGGCACCGCGUAAAGGGAAAGAGAAGAAGGAGGAGCAGGUGAUCAGCCUGGGUCCUCAGGUGGCCGAAGGAGAGAACGUCUUUGGCGUGUGUCACAUCUUCGCUUCCUUCAACGACACUUUCGUGCAUGUCACAGACCUCUCUGGAAAGGAGACCAUCUGUCGCGUGACCGGCGGCAUGAAGGUGAAGGCCGACAGGGACGAGUCUUCUCCGUACGCCGCCAUGUUGGCCGCGCAGGACGUCGCUCAGCGUUGCAAAGAGCUCGGCAUCACCGCGCUGCACAUCAAGCUGAGGGCCACCGGAGGGAACCGCACCAAGACACCCGGGCCAGGAGCACAGUCUGCUCUCAGAGCGCUCGCCAGAUCUGGAAUGAAGAUCGGGCGCAUUGAGGAUGUGACUCCAAUCCCAUCAGACUCCACCCGAAGAAAGGGUGGACGCCGUGGUCGUCGACUGUAAAUCCAGCAAAGUUAACAAUAAAGGUGUUAAACGUU